AUGUUGUUAUUACAAUUUGCUGAAGCUAGUGAAACUGAUCAUCCAAGAGGUGUAAAUCCAAAGAAGAAGAUUGUGGAUGCUAAGCUUGCAAAAGACUUCCAAGCUGUAUUGAAAGAGUUUCAAAAGGCGCAACGUCUCGCUGCCGAAAGAGAAACCGUUUAUGCUCCUCUCGUGCCAAAACCAUCACUUCCUUAUAACUAUACAACAAGUGAGGUUGAUGUGAAUGCAGAUAAGCAUCUAGAGCAGCGUGCGGUUCUUGUGGAAUCGAAAAGAGAGCAAGGGAUACAAGAAAUCCAGCAGCAAAUUGGCGAGGUGCACGAAAUCUUCAAAGAUUUAGCAGUGUUGGUACAUGAUCAAGGAACCAUGAUUGAUGAUAUCGGUACUCACAUCGAUAACUCCCACGCUGCAACUGCACAAGGAAACACUCAUCUCGCAAAAGCCUCAAAGACACAAAAAAUCGAAUUAUUCUCUGAUGCGCUUGCUCUUGGUGAUUUUUGGUAUCGUGCUCCUGAUCGUUAUUAUAGUGCUCACGGUUUUAUUUUCAAGAACUCCUAA